UACAACGAGAGCUUUAUAACGUAUGUAUGCAAUAAGUAAUUUAAUAUAUAAAAAAACAUUAAUAAAACAUUUUCAAGUGCUAAAAUUCAAAAACGCAAAAAACAACAUGUUUCUCAUAUUGAAAUUGCUAUUAAUAUUUUUAUUAAAUGAAACGUACGCAUAUAUCGAGCAAGACAUCGAAAGAAUAUUGCUGCCGGCAUGGAAUUCGACAAGCGCAGAAGAAAUACCACUAACUCUGAAAAUUUUUGGAAAACAAAUUCAAUUAAACUUGCAUAGAGACGACCAAACUGUAUCGUCCAAGUCUAAAGUAUGGAAACAUGACGCAAAAAGCAUUAUAGAAGAACUUAUUCCGCAAUUACACGCAUCUGAUCCUUGCCAUUAUUUUCACGAAGAUCAUAUCAGCACUGCGGCCAUAAACUUUUGUCAACAACAUGGAUGGGAAGGAUUCGUUUUUCUGAAACAUGAAACAUUAGAAAUUAGACCUUUGCAAACUGACUUUGCGUCUUUGACCACAAUCGACGAUCUUUGCGAUAAAGAAGUGAUAAAUAUAUCAUUUGGUAGACCUCACUUAAUUAAAAGAACAUCGCAAUUAUCUGCUGGUCCAAAUUUUCGUAAAUUCGAUAAUUUUAAAAUAAAGCGACGUCAUGUACGAAAUACGCAAGAAAAAUUAACUAUAGAACUCGCUGUGUUCUUCGACGAAGCCGCAUAUCGAACGUUCAUGCCUCUUCUGGACAAAGAUGAAGAAAAGUUGCGCAUGAUGAUAUUAGCGUAUGUGAAUAAUGUUCAAGCUAUGUUCCAUCAUCCUAGUUUAGGUGUUUCUAUCGAUAUAUCGUUGGUACAUUUGAAAAUCUUCGAUAAACAACCGUCAUCUUUGCCAGUUUUUGACGGUAACAGUGUGAAACUGCUCGAGGCAUUCUGCCAAUACGCGAAAGCUCAAAAUUCUCCAGACGAUAAUAAUCCGCAUCACUGGGACAUUGGUCUUUACCUGACUGGAGUAAACAUUAAUGGUACGAGCCUUGAUGUCGCAGGAAAAUCCUUCGUCGGUGGUGUGUGCGAAUCAAAUUAUUCGUGUGCGAUAGUAGAAUUUGGUAUUGCAGAUGGUCUGUCAUCGGGUUUUACAUCAUCUAUCCUUGCUGCUCAUGAGAUCGGUCAUGUUUUAGGAAUGCGACACGAUUCAGUACUGUGUGAUUAUGACAACGGCAUUAUGAGCCCUAGCAUGGGACCUGUAGGCUUUAUGGGAUGGUCCUGGUGUAGUCGUUAUACAGCUGAAGAACUCUGGACUACACCAAAGUGUCUUGCAGAUCAUACGAGAUCGGAAGACGCCUUGGACCAUUCGAGCUAUCAUGAUUUACCCGGAAGAGAAUGGACCGCCAAAGCUCAAUGCGAAAUAUUUUUUCGCGACAAAGAUGCAAACGUAGUCUCGUUGCUUGAUAUAUGUAAAUCCUUACAAUGCGAAACGCCUCACAAAAGUAGGCAUUACUUUACGGGACCAGCGUUGGAAGGAACUAAUUGCGCAUUAAAGAAAGAAUGUCGUGGAAGAGAAUGCGUGCCCAUUUUCGAACCGCCAUACAUUCUCGAAUAUUGUGAUGAUGAUAACUGGAGUGAAUGGAAAGAAAGCACCUGUCAAAGUAGUUGCUUGGUCAAAUCUAAAGGCGUUAAAGUCAAACGACGUUCUUGUAAACAUGGAAGUAACAGAACGACGAGUUGUAAAGGGCCAUAUUACGACGUGGUUCUGUGUGAUGAUUCGUUACUCUGUACUGAGAAACGCAAGAGGAUCGACUCACAUAUUGAAAUAAAGUGCAAGCGCGUGAACUAUUUUGCGAAAAAAACAAUUUUACCAUGACGUUUGAAUUAGAUAUAGAGUCAGGUUGGCAGGCCGCUCAUGAUAACGAAAAACCAUGGAAAGCCUGUACUAUACACUGCCGACUAAAAAAUUCAUCUACUCUCUACGCACCACGCCUUGAAAUGAUCAACUUUAAUAUGGUCCCAUACUUUCCAGAUGGAACGUGGUGUCACAAGAAAGAUGGUGAGAAUUAUUACUGUCGCCAACAUUACUGUUUGCCGGAAACCUACAGUUAUAAUGGUUAAGAUAUUAUUGACAUGUGUGAACGAGAAUCGAAAAGAAAGAAAAUCAUAAAACGCGCCUAAAUCAUUUUAGAAUAGUUUGUCAAUUCGUUUGGUACCGAAUUUUCGAUCGGUCAGUCUAUUGUCAAUAACAUCUGUUUUGCGUAUCAUCCACACUUUACUUAACAAAGACAAGUAGACCAAGAAUUAUAUCAAAUUUUCUGCAACUA